GUACCUGAAUUUGACAGUUGUCCUCUCUUUAGUGUCCGCAGUAUCUUGGUCAUCCCCUGUACUGUCUGCAGUCUCUUGGUCAUUCCCUAUACUGUCUGCAGUCUCUUGGUCAUUCCCUAUACUGUCUGCAGUCUCUUGGUCAUUCCCUAUACUGUCUGCAGUCUCUUGGUCAUUCCCUGUACUGUGUCCGCAGUCUCUGGUCAUCCCCUGUACUGUGUCCGCAGUCUCUGGUCAUCCCCUGUACUGUGUCCGCAGUCUCUGGUCAUCCCCUGUACUGUGUCCGCAGUCUCUGGUCAUCCCCUGUACUGUGUCCGCAGUCUCUGGUCAUCCCCCUGUACUGUGUCCGCAGUCUCUGGUCAUCCCCUGUACUGUGUCCGCAGUCUCUGGUCAUCCCCUGUACUGUGUCCGCAGUCUCUGGUCAUCCCCUGUACUGUGUCCGCAGUCUCUGGUCAUCCCCUGUACUGUGUCCGCAGUCUCUGGUCAUCCCCUGUACUGUGUCCGCAGUCUCUGGUCAUCCCC